AGGUACUUUUAAAUGACCAUAACUUGCUUAAUUUUUUACCGAUUUUCAAACGGUUUGGUUUGUUAUAAACGUCAAAGAUGUACCUAUGACACUGCAUACCUAUACUAAAAAUAAAAAAUAAAUUCAUGAAACAUGUUAAAGCAUCCAGAAUUAUAGCCACGUUAAUAACGUUUGUAAAAACCCAAACCGUUUGAAAAUCGGUAGAAAAUUGAGCAAGUUAUGGUCAUUUAAAAGUACCUGCACCAUUAAACUCAAUGCUACGAGUGAGCGAGCGCCCUGUCGUAAGAUGGCCGCCAGGUGAUGCCGUUAGGGACUCCGCCUUGAGCCAUCUAGCCUUUAUAUACAUAUCUAUGGGCGCUUCUGUGAACAUUGCAACACUGAACUGUGUCAUACACAGUAUUUUGACCACAGAAAGCGCUAUUUCAAAAAUGGAGUUUGGGAGAAAAAAUCCAAAAGGACUACGUCAGGUCAGAUAACGUACAGAGCCUGCUGCUAUCCAGUCAUGAACCCGCUGUGAGUGAUGUCCUGUCAUGUGUAAAGACCCGGAGGAUAACUUUACUGGAGUUAGAGAGAUUGGUGAAAGUGAAAUGCAAUCCGAGGACCCAGAAAAAAAAGUGAUUGAAGAAUUUGAAGAAAUGCACCCAGCGAAUUGCAGUUCAGACAACGACGAAACAGCAGAUGAACAAAGCAUUCAUCUUUUCCUGGACAUCUCCUGUUGUGUGGAUGACUAUGUGGAUGAAGAGGGGGAAAUCCUUGCUGAGGAGCAGAGUGAAGCCUAUCCUUACAUACAAGAUGGGGAGGAGCAUGGAAGUGAUCAGUCCAGAAGUGAAAAAACAGAACACUUGUUGAUGAAACUUUUGGCCAUGAUGAAAUUGACUGGUAUCCUCCGUGACGACGACUUACAGUAUGUGGUUUGUCCAAAAUGUAUGACAGUGUACAUGCUUACUGAAACCUAUGAGCGCAGACGGGAUGGUACAAAGGUUUGCAGGACUUGUGGUCACUUCCCGUUCUACAAUCACCCACAGCAGAGGUCUGCAUUAAGGAAGAAAUACGGCUCUGCCUUGCUAAGAAAGGCUACAUAUUCGAGCGGUGAAGAGUAUGUCCAUCCAAUACGUACUUACUGUUACAAGAGUGUUGUGCAGUCUCUGGGAGGACUUGUUAGGGUUUCGAGCACGAAGUGCUGA